AUGUGGCGGAGAGAAUCGUCAGCGCUUUCCUCUUCUAACCCGUUGCGCAGAUUGCGUAGACUCUGGGCCCGCCCCUUCUGGAAGUCUACAUAAAGUGCGCGCCAGCCGUUGGUGAAUGCCAGGCCCUUCGCCCGUUGACGUAAAGCAGACGGCGCAUUUCUUUUUUUUUUUUUAGUACCGAGCGGAGAGGAAAUGCACACGGCACUCGAGUGAGAGUGCACAUUUCAGAAGAGUUUGAACAUCCCCCACACACACUAGCAUCAGGACUGGGGGCCAAGACGGAGGAAAACGUAUUACGGGGACCAGAAGUGAGGGGACAAUGCGAGUCCAGGUGCACACCAAGUUCUGUUUCCUGUGUGUGCUCACCUUCCUCUUCCAUCAGUGCAACCACUGCCAUGGAGAAGGGCACAGCCAUCAGCACGGUGGACACCACCAUAACGACCACAACCACACCCACAGCGACCUGCAGAUUUCUGAGGCUCCAUACGUGAAAGGAGCCACUUUGUCUCCGGACUCCAGCGGUUCUCAAGGGCACUCUCUAGAAGAGGAGCAGCGCUAUUACAUCCACGAGCUGUUCAAGCGAUAUGGCCAGAAGGGCCGGCUGGAUUUCCAGGGAUUUCAGAGUCUGCUGUACAGCUUGGGUCUGGGCGAAGUGAAGGUGGUAGAUGUGGAUCACGAGGAUCUGGGUCAUGAUCACGUAGCUCACCUAGACCUGCUUGAUGUGAAGGAUGGCCUUCACUCACAUUCACCCACCAACAAAAGCCAUAGCCAUGGUCACGGGCAUGGGCAUGAUCAUGACCAUCCACACCACAGGCAUCCACAUAAAGAAGCAGCUCCCACACCGUGCAACCAGACUUCUGCUGCCGGUCCAGCUACUGGUGCAUCUACAGGACAUGACCAUGACCAUGACCAUGACCAUGACCUCAAGCAUGGUCAUGACGCAGAAGAUCAUGAUCAAGCCAAAGUAGACGAUAGUUACCAUGAACAUUCUGAUGGAAAUGUGCAGGACACACAUGAUCAUGAUCACGCACAUGACAAAGAGCACAAACAUGAGCAGGUACAGGUUCACUCUGACAGUAAGGACCCAUCUGCUCAACCUCACGAUGAUCACGGCCACGCUGAUCACGACCACGCUGAUCACGGACACAGUGAUCACGAUCGCGCUGAUCACGGACACAGUGAUCACGACCACGCUGAUCACGACCACGCUGAUCACGACCACGCUGAUCGCGACCACAGUGAUCACGACCACGCUGAUCACGACCACGCCGAUCACCAACACAAUCAUGUCCAUGGACUGCAGACAGUCACAGGCAUUCCUCCCAUCAACCCAGACCAGCAGCCCUCUCCCCAGUUGGAGCCAUCCCGAGUCCCUCAGGAGCCCCCGUCCGCUCCUGCCACCACAGAGAGUCUGCUCAAGAAGCAGAGAAAGCCCGGCAGGAUCCGAGGACAAAGAGGGCGAAACAGAGCAACUUCUCUCACACCUCCGUCUGAUGACCAUGAACAUCAGUCUGAACACAGUCACGAUCACGAUCAUGAUCACGAUCACGAUCAUGAUCAUGAUCACGGUCAUGAUCAUGAUCACGGUCAUGAUCACAGCCAUUCUCAUAAACAUAAAAGAGAAGCACCAGAAGGGCCUGCCACUCCCACUUUGCGAACCCAAGUCGCGCCUGGACAUCCAAGAGGAUUGGCUCAUCAGCACGAGGAGUGUUUGAACCUGACUCAGCUCCUCGGCUACUACGGCCUGAAUCCCGAUGCUCCCAUCUCCCCCAGCCAGUUCGUCUACCUGUGUCCUGCUCUGCUCUACCAGAUAGAUAGUCGUGUCUGCAUACGCCAUUACCACCAGAUGGAUGUGGAGCAGGAAGCUUUGCCGUCUGUCAGUUCCGUGUGGGUUUGGCUGUGGGGUUUCGUGUCCAUCACCAUCAUCAGCCUGCUGUCUCUGCUGGGUGUGGUGCUCGUACCCAUCCUCAACCAAUCCUGCUUCAAGUUCCUGCUCACCUUCCUGGUGGCGCUGGCAGUGGGCACGCUCAGCGGCGACGCCCUCCUCCAUCUACUGCCUCACUCUCAAGGACACCACGACCACGGCGAACCUGCGGCAAGCAAUGACGUCGAUCUGGUAGAAAAGUUUGAUGGAGUGUGGAAGGGGCUCACGGCGCUGGCCGGCAUCUACCUCCUCUUCAUCAUUGAACACUGUAUCGGCAUGUUUAAGCACUACAAAGACCACGGGGGCAUGAAGAAGUCGAGCGAGGAGGGCAAGAUUGGCAGGAAGCUGUCGGAUCACAAGUUAAACCGUCGCUCAGAUGCAGAGUGGCUGCACCUGAAGCCUCUCAGCGAAGACCACGACAGCACCGCCGUCUCCUGCGACAACGGGCACAACGACACGCAGCUGACGGAGCUCCAGACGCCCGACUCGCCCACCAACAAGACGCCACUGGCACCCACAAAACCCCGACCAGACCAGCCGUCACCCACGAAAGAGAACGGACGCAAAGUCAAGAAGCACGGACACUCGCACGGCCACUCUCACGGUGGGAACUGCCACUCGGACCAGGAGAUGAAGGACGCUGGUAUAGCCAGCAUCGCCUGGAUGGUCAUCAUGGGCGACGGCAUGCACAACUUCAGCGACGGCCUGGCUAUAGGUGCAGCGUUCAGUGCGAACCUGACAGGAGGCAUCAGCACAUCUGUGGCUGUUUUCUGCCACGAAUUACCUCAUGAACUUGGUGACUUUGCGGUGCUGCUGAAAGCCGGGAUGUCUGUGAAGCAGGCCAUUGUCUACAAUCUGCUGUCCGCCCUCAUGGCCUACGUCGGCAUGCUGAUUGGCACAGCUGUGGGCCAGUACACGCACAAUGUCACGAGCUGGAUCUUCGCCAUCACAGCUGGCAUGUUCCUUUAUGUAGCUCUGGUGGAUAUGCUGCCAGAAAUGCUCCACGGGGACAGCGAGGACCACAAACGCUGCCAGCUGGGACACUUCGUCCUGCAGAACCUGGGCAUGCUGACCGGGUUCGGCAUCAUGCUGCUCAUCGCCAUCUUCGAAGACCAAAUCGUUUUCGAUUUUGGCUUCUAGUGGAGGACGCGAGAGGGGAGAAGGGGAGAGCUGGAUGUGUUAAUAUUGUUCUUCUUGGCCUUAACAUGCUUUGUUUGCGAUGUAACGGCCCAGUCUUGCAUGCGAUGUGAGUCUUGUUCACGGCCCAUGCCUCCAUUCCAAACAAGCCGCGGUAGCUUAUGCAUAUCUCAUGACUCUGCCAGUGAUGUUCACACUCUGCUCCUCUGUCAGCUCUCCUCUGUCAGCUCCGAUCUGUCUGCUCCCUGCGACACAAGGAGAAGAAGAGCGAGGCUGCGCUCCUACCAGAGAGCACCUCCUCCUCUCUGAACCAAUAAACACUAAACGUCUUUAAAGACAAAAAAAAAGAGAGAGAGAGAGAGCUGUAGAUGGGAAGGUGGUGCGGGAGGUGUGUUCCUGCAGAGAUGCAGCUGUCACAGCCCAGCAGCUCGCCGCCUAUGCAUCAUCACCUGUUGUUAGAGUGUCGUCGUCGUCGUACCCCACCGCUCCAUCUCCGAUCCGCUCUGUGCUGUGUCCCAUCAUCCAUGCCUCGUACAUCUGUGGCGUGUGUUCCACCCCGCAUCUACCAUCAACUUUCAGUGUCAUCGCGCUGUGCGUAUCAGACGUCUCGCGUGUGUCUCUCUGUGCCAAGCCCUGGCCACUGGAGCGCCGUCGCAGCCGCACCGCGUAACCGUCACACCGCCAGAACUCAGUUUAGCUAGCUGCUACAUCGGGAAUCGACACUGCCGGCUCCUCCUCGCUUCACCUGCAGACCACGUCGAAAACAGAAACGUGUUCCUCGAACUCAGUGUUUCUUUGUUUUUUGUUUUUUUUUUUACAACUUUAUUUACUCAUCAAAGUUGUGUUUAAUCGUCUAAUUUGAUAUUUUUUUAAUUUUUUAAUGUUAUUUUCAUAGUGAUAUCUAACACAGCUGCCAAAAGAAAAAAAUAGUAUUUAAGACUCCUCCGUGUUUUUGUUUAGAGACUAGAUGUUUCAAAAAUGUCUCACAAACCUUUUUUUUUAUUAUUAUUAUUUUAAGAGUUUGACAAUCUGUAGCCAGAGGAGACACAUCCUUGUUAGAAUCUUCAAAAUGUGAAUCCAGAAAAAAAACUUGUCAAACUUAUCAAAAAAGUGUUGUAGUUUACUAGAUUUAUUUAGGGUGCCUCUUUGAGUUCCUUAAAGGUGCUUUUGUCCAACCGCGCCGCCACCUGUGGACGUUUUUAAACACACUAGGAGGUUGAGUUGUCUCAUUAUUUUUAUUGUACUGUAAAUACAGGAGGUCUUUAUAGCGUCAGUAGUGUCAGUGAGCAGCUAAAAGCUAAUUGUUCCUGUUAAAUAAUAGUUUUCAAAGUACUUCUGUAAAGGAACUUACUAACUUCCUGACAAUCUGAGACAGACUAGGCAAAAGACAACAGAACGAUAAACUGUGCUUUCAAACGACGGCAUUCCCUGCACUUAUAAUGGAGUUAUUAAACCGUAAGACUAUAAUGAUUAUUAUCUGUUAUGAUAUGUUGAAAUCACACUGCUGAUUGUGCCAAAAACUGGCCUGAGUGUGGAUUUUUCAGUGGCUGGUGCUUGAUACUGCCCCAUGCAUCGUCACUCCCAUCCUGUCCCCUCCGCCCCCCCUCCCACCCUGACAUUCCACUGGCUGUUCUGCAGCUCACAUGCUAAGCUAGCUCGCCUAGCUUCAGCUGCUGGAGCACACAGAGAUCAUGUGUGGCUUCAUUUAUCCUGUCACUGUGUGACAUCCAUCGUCUUUGUCUUAACUGGGUGAAUCAUGCAUGAAGCAUGAGUGGAAAACGGUACAGACGUUGUGUCGAGUGUAAAUUUGUUUUUCAUUCUUUGUUCUGCAAAGUUAAAAUACUGACAGCCUUUGUUACUUUUUUUUUGAAUGAACUAUGUGAAGAUCAUGAGAAAGUCUUUGGGGUGUAGUGCACCGGGUGUUUCUAACCAAGCAGCUGCGAGAGCUCGUAAAUCUUCUUUCCUUUUCCUUUUUUUUUCCUGGCAUUUUAUUAUUUAAUCUCUUGUUCAUAUUUAAUGCCGGUGCACACACUGUUUAACGAGACCUGAAUGUAUUUUUCUUUGAACAACAAGUUCAUCAUUUUCUGUCUUACUUGACAUGAAUUCAGUUGUUUCCUACAAUAUUCAGAGGAUUGUGUUUGUUUUUUUUGGUUGUUUCUUUUAAAAGAUUCUGGCUCCUUUUUUUUUAAAAAAAAAACAGUAUUUCUCUUUUAAGUUGUAUUCUUUGUAGAGUUUAAAUCAGAACUGAGCUGUAAGACUUGGUGACACUUGAUGACACUAUGCCCCAAAGAACACGUUUCUUCACUGUUUAUGAGGCAAAGACUGUCUGUUAAAUGAAGGUCCAUGAUUAUUUUUGCUUUGUUGUAUGUAUAUUUGUUUAGUAAUCUGGAUAUAAAAUGCAAAAUGUGACAUCCUCACUGUUUGCCUGUCUGUGCAUCUCCCCCCCCCCCAUUACAAAAGGAAAAUAAACUCUGAAAAGUUCCUGGACUCCUGAUCUCUGAUGGUUCUGGCAUAAUGUUACCGAGACAAGCUGGUGUACAGCUGCGAAACCACAGCAGCAGAACACAUCCAUCAGUAAUGUUCUUCUGCCUCUGGCUGCUCUGCUCGUCUCCUGCCUCAGUUUCUGCUCCCACAUCAGCAGGUUUAGCUAAGUUGAUUCUUAAAUAAAUGUGAAGGCUCAGUGAGCGAUGCAUACAUUUAGAAACCAAAUAGAUGCGUAAGGUUCUGCCGAGUUUCUGCGGCACCGCGGCUGCUGGAGGAGCUGUCAGAGCUCAGUAGCUGUGCAUAAUGGAAGUCUCAGCGUGGUCUCAGUGUAACUCUGCAAUCAAGCCUGAAAUAAAGUACAACAUGGUGAAUUCAA